CAGUGUUCGGUUUCAUCGGAAGCGAGUCAGGUGUAAAAAAAUGGAUAGCUUUCAAAAUACUAGUGAAGAUCCAGCGAUUAGAAAGAAAUUUUCAGAAAGCAUUAUGGACAUACUGCGACCACUCUCGGAAGCGGAGAUGCCUCGACCAGGGAACCAAGAUGAUGCAGCAUCAGAAUAUAGCACUCUAUCGGAACCAUUUUCCGAUUUGGAUGAAUCGUACAUAUUGCUAGAUCAGAGGAAAAAGAAAUCAGACGGUGAUGAUAGAGACGAAAUGUUGCUAAAUCAAUUCACUCCAGAAUUUAGGCGGGCAUACGACGAAAUGAUGCUUGCUCGGCUGGAAGGGAGGGAGGAAGAGGAACCGGAGUUUCUGGUGGAUGAAGGAGAAAGAGAAUCGGAACCGGAACAUGCAUUAUUGUUGGAAGACCCUGGAGAAUUGAGUCCGCAGUUCAAAGAAAUGAUAGACGACUUAUUGAAAAAGUCUGAACUUAACUAUCACUUGGAGGAGAAGAAGAAAAGAGAUGCUCAAAAGAAAAAAGACCGCAGGGUGCGACGAACCACUUCCACAGAAUCAUUCGGCAUCCCAGACACCGAUAGUUUGUCCGGCAUAUGGCGCAUGCUGGAUGCCGUUUCCGUGGACAACGGCUUCCCUAUGUCGCACAACUAUUACAACUUGUACGAUGAUAGACGCUUCGAGUGGCUCACUCGUGACGAAGUGCCGUGGGACGAAAUCGAAGCCUCGAGGAAAAAAUGCGAACAGUGGCUGUUGAAGUUCAGUCCAAGCCCAACCAAGUCGGAUACCAAAUGAACGGACCAUGCGGACGAAA